CGGGAGCUGGGAGGCGACACCGAGUCUCCAGUCCCGAGAGGUGCCCGAGGGAAAAGGAGGAGGCGGCCGCAGCGGUCCCGGAGAGAAGCUCCUGCCGCGCCUCUGCUCAGCCAGCAAGCAUGUCGCGGACUCCGCCGCUCCAGAGCCCGCGCGGCGGGGACCCUGGGUGGCGGCGGCGGGCGCAGCCCUGACGCGUCUCGAGCCGGUGGUCUCCCCGAACGCGGGGGACCGGGGUCCUGGAGCGCGAGCGGCCGCUGCGGUCGGAGCGCGGUGCGCUGAGCCCUGCGCUUCCCUGCGGUCCCGGCCAUGAGGAGGGACGAGCGAGACGCCAAAGCCAUGAGGUACCCGCAGUCGCCGGACGGGGCCGGCUCGCCCCUCGAGAGUCUGAGGAACGGCUACGUGAAGAGCUGCCUGAGCCCGCUGAGGCAGGACCCUCCGCGCGGCUUCUUCUUUCACCUCUGCCGCUUCUGCAACGUGGAGCCACCGCCGGCCUAUCCCCCGCAGCCGCGGCGCGGCUCCCCCUUCUCCCCGGCGCGCCUCUCGCUGGGCGCCCUGGCCGCCUUUGUCUUCGCCCUGCUGCUCGGCGCGGGGCCCGGGAGCUGGGCUGCCGGGGCCGCCCGGCUGCGGACGCUGCUGAGCGUGUGCUCGCACAGCCUCAGCCCUCUCUUCAGCAUCGCCUGUGCCUUCUUCUUCCUCACCUGCUUCCUGACGCGGACCCAGCGGGGGCCCGGCCCCGGCCGGAGCGGCGGCUCCUGGUGGCUGCUGGCGCUGCCCGCCUGCUGCUACCUGGGGGACUUCUUGGUGUGGCAGUGGUGGUCUUGGUCUGGGGGGGACGCGGCCGCGGCCCCGCACACGCCCCCGGCGGCGGCGGCGGCCGCGGCGGGCAGGUUGUUGUUGGUGCUGAGCUGCGUGGGGCUGCUGACGCUCGCGCACCCGGUGCGGCUCGGGCACAGCAUCCUGGUGCUGCUCGUCGCCAGCUUGGUCUGGUGGGUGUCCUUCGCCAGCCUCGGGGCGCUGCCCACUGCCCUCAGGCCGCUGCUCUCCUGCCUGGUCGGGGCCGUCGGAUGCCUGCUGGCCCUGGGCUUGGAUCACUUCUUUCACCUCAGGGAAGCCGCGCCUCACCCCCGGGUGCCCAGCACCCUGGAAGAAAAAGUGCCUGUGAUCAGACCCCGGAGGAGGUCCAGUUGCGCGUCGCUAGGAGAAACGGCAGCCGGUCACUAUGGCAGUGGCAAAAUGUUCAGGAGACCUUCGUUGCCUUGUAUUUCGAGAGAGCAGAUGAUUCUUUGGGAUUGGGACUUGAAGCAGUGGUAUAAGCCUCAUUACCAGAAUUCUGGAGGUGGAAAUGGAGUUGAUCUUUCAGUGCUAAAUGAGGCUCGCAAUAUGGUGUCAGAUCUUCUGAGUGACCCAAGCCUUCCUCCACAAGUCAUUUCUUCCCUACGAAGUAUCAGUAGCUUGAUGGGUGCAUUUUCUGGGUCUUGUAGGCCAAAGAUUAAUCCUCUCACACCAUUUCCUGGAUUUUACCCCUGCUCUGAAAUAGAGGACCCAACUGAGAAAGGAGAUCGAAAACUUCACAAGGGUCUAAGUAGUAGGAAUAGCUUACCAACUCCACAGCUGAGAAGGAGCUCAGGAACUUCAGGAUUGCUACCUAUUGAGCAGUCUUCAAGGUGGGAACGCAGUAAUGGCAAAAGACCUCACCAAGAAUUUGGCAUUUCAAGUCAUGGAUGCUAUCUAAAUGGGCCUUUUAGUUCGAAUCUACUGACAAUCCCAAAACAAAGGUCAUCUUCUAUAUCACUGACUCACCAUGUGGGUCUGAAAAGAGCUGGUGCUUUACCCAGCUUGAAUUCUCCUAGCCAUGGACAGAUGUCUGCUGGUUGUGUAACUAAUCGAUCACCCAUAGAAUUUCCUGAUACUGCUGAUUUUCUUACUAAACCAAAUGUUAUUUUACAUAGAUCUCUGGGCAAUGUACCCAAUGUACCAGAUUUUUAUCAGCAUCUUCGAAAUUCUGAUAGCAAUCUGUGUAACAACUGUGGACAUCAAAUACUAAAAUAUGUUUCAACAUGUGAAUCGGAUGGUACAGACAGCCACAGUGGAAAAUCAGGCGAAGAAGAUAUCAUUUUAUCAAAAGAAACAUUCAGCCUUUUGGAAACUCAACAAGAAGAGGAAUCAGAGAAGAGAGAUUGCAGAAAAUCAUUUUUGGACAGUGAUAACCUCCAAACAGAAGAGGCACAGCAACCAAAUAUCAAAGAGGAAACAUCAGUGGACCUGAUUUUAGUAGAAGACUACGAUUCAUUAAUAGAAAAGAUGAGCAACUGGAAUUUUCAAAUUUUUGAGCUUGUGGAAAAGAUGGGGGAGAAAUCAGGAAGAAUUCUCAGUCAGGUUAUGUAUUCCUUAUUUCAAGACACUGGCUUAUUGGAAAUAUUUAAAAUUCCUACUCAACAAUUCAUGAACUAUUUUCGUGCAUUAGAAAAUGGCUAUCGAGACAUUCCUUAUCACAAUCGUAUACAUGCCACGGAUGUCCUACAUGCAGUUUGGUAUCUGACAACUCGGCCAAUUCCUGGCUUACAGCAGAUCCAUAAUGAUCAUGAAACAAGAAAUGAAAAAGGUUCUGAUGAUAGAAUAAAUUCUGGGCGAAUGGCUUAUAUUUCUUCAAAGAGUUGCUCUGUUCCUGAUGAGAGUUACGGCUGCCUGUCUUCAAACAUUCCUGCACUGGAAUUGAUGGCUUUGUAUGUGGCAGCUGCCAUGCACGACUAUGAUCACCCAGGAAGGACAAAUGCAUUUCUAGUGGCUACAAAUGCACCUCAGGCAGUUUUGUACAAUGACAGAUCUGUUUUGGAAAAUCAUCAUGCUGCAUCAGCUUGGAAUCUAUAUCUUUCUCGCCCAGAAUACAACUUCCUUCUUAAUCUUGAUCAUGUGGAAUUCAAGCGCUUUCGUUUUCUAGUCAUUGAAGCAAUCCUUGCUACAGAUCUUAAAAAGCAUUUUGAUUUCCUUGCUGAAUUCAAUGCCAAGGCCAAUGAUGUAAACAGCAAUGGUAUAGAAUGGAGUAGUGAAAAUGAUCGUCUCUUGGUCUGCCAGGUGUGCAUUAAACUUGCAGAUAUAAAUGGCCCAGCAAAAGUUCGGGACUUGCAUUUGAAAUGGACAGAGGGCAUUGUCAAUGAAUUUUAUGAGCAGGGAGAUGAAGAAGCAAAUCUUGGUCUACCCAUCAGUCCCUUCAUGGAUCGUUCUUCUCCUCAACUAGCAAAACUCCAAGAAUCUUUUAUCACUCAUAUAGUGGGUCCCCUGUGUAACUCCUAUGAUGCUGCUGGUUUGCUGCCGGGUCAGUGGAUAGAAACAGAAGAGGAUGAUGAUACUGAAAGUAGUGAUGAUGAAGAUGGUGAAGAAUUAGAUAUGGAUGAUGAAGAAAUGGAGGACAAUCUAAAUCCUAAACCACAAAGAAGGAAAAGCAGAAGGCGAAUAUUUUGUCAGCUGAUGCACCACCUCACUGAAAACCACAAGAUAUGGAAGGAAAUCAUAGAGGAAGAAGAAAAAUGUAAAGCUGAGGGAAAUAAACUGCAGGUAGAAAAAACUUCAUUAUCUCAAGCAGAUGAGAUUCAGGUCAUUGAAGAAGCAGAUGAAGAGGAAGAACGACAGUUCGAAUAAAAGAAGUCAUACAGAAGAAACCUGGAGGGCAGUGCCCAGGGUCAGAUAUCAUUAUCUAAUGUUCACUGUGCUGACUUUCAACUGACCAAUCCCACAUGACAGGCCUUAAUACUGUGAGAGGAUCCUUGCUGUGCUGUCAAUUUCCUACUCCUAAGCACUUUCAUCACAUGUACUAGAAAAUUAUUCUUAGAGCUAGGUUUCAGUUGACCCAUGUUGCAAAGCCCUUGUUCAAAGCCUUCACUGAUGUUUAAAUAUUCUGUGAAAAUGAUGCUUUGCUGGGCAGUGAGCUUUUAUUUUUCAUGGAGGAGACAUCUGUAAUGAAAAACUCAAGUGACCUACUUCAAUUUUCAAAGUGUCCAGAACAUUCUGCUUCUGUGAAAACAGAAUUCAUGUUUAUUUCCAAAUGCAUCUUUUAUAUCUUUGAACAUUUUGAAAAAUCUAUAUCUAUCUAAAAAGAAUCCAUGUGGCCUUUCUGAGGAAUUUCUGCUAAAUGCCAUACACUGUUCAAUGCUGUUCUACCAGCUAGAGUUGUCUAUGAAGGACUGAGUGACCUUUGUUAUAUUUAACAAAAUCCAGGUGCAUCUAUUUCUGAUGCUUUUUACUAUUGUGUAUUAUCUACUAUGUGUGUUUUAUUUCUGCUCAAAGUAUUCAGGUUUGCCAUGGACAUCAGAAGUAUAAAUUCUAGUCUUACAGACUUUAUGUUCCGUGGUUGAAUUUUAAAGCUGUUUAACAAUGAAGGAAUUUUAUUCUUUAGUCAAAACUGUUCUUGUUUUUACUCUUGCUCAGGAUUAGUAUUUUUAAACAUUUAGUUAUUAUAAACAGCAUAAAUUUAUUAGAAGAAAAGAGUUGUCCUAAUAUUGAUGUGAACCUUUUAUGAUAUUAGCAUCAUUUUCUCUGUUCUUAGAUGAAUUUGAGACUAAUUAAAGCCAAGGAAAAGGAGAUAUCUGUCUUUUGCCUUAAUGUAAAAUCAAAUGAAAUUAAUUCUAUCAAAGAUAAAGAACAAAAGAAAUAUGGUGAGUCCUAAAGGAUACAUAUGUUGAAUAAAUAAUUGUAAUAUGUAGUUAUCUUUACAUCCACAUCUUAGGCAUCAUGUGUUUAAUUCCUGAAAAACUGCAUUCAUCUUUCUGUUAAUUUCUUUCUGCCUCAAGACCACUUGACAGGAAUGAUCUGUCACUACUCAAAAAUUCUAAAGUUCAACUGAAAGACUGACUUCUGAGAUAAAGCAAAUGAUGGAAAUAUUUAAUUUUUAUAUAAAAAAUGAAAUAUUUUAGUAAAUAAUUUCAUACCAAAGCAUAUAACUAAGUUACCACAUUAAGAUGAUUGUAAAGAAAAUGGAUCAUAUUUACAAUAUUUAUGAACUUGUUAGGUUGGGGAUAUGAACCUAAUUGUAAAAAAUAUUCUAAGUUAUAAAGUGCAGUCAAAAUGAUAUCAAGAUGGUAAACUAAUAUUUUUCAUUAUUCUUCAAGACCAUUUCAUAUUUUGGAGCCAUGAAACUUUGUAGACAAACUAUUAAUUUUCAAGUUAAUUCCUACAAUGUCAGUAGUUUCUUACCUACCUAGAAAUGUGUGGGUUGUCAGAAAGAUACCAACUAAAGAUCUAUUGAAGAGUUGGGAUUUUUUUUAUCUUAUACAGUAUCAUAAUAUUUAAUGAAUCACUAAGUUUUAUUUAUUAAAUAUAUUGAGUGCUAAGUUCCUUUCUGCCACUUUUGCAACCAUUACCACACCAUCUGUAAACUGGUCCCACCAUAUAUUACUAAUAAAAUUUUAACUGAUAA